AUGGCUCCAGGCACCAGCAUCGAGGGCAACGCACUUGCGGAUGGCAGAUCGCCCUCAGUCCAGCCAAAUGGCAAUCAACCCAGUCCGUCGCCAUCGGCCCAGAGUACCGACUCGCCGUCAGCAGACCAGCCGCCGACCAAGAAACCGCGACUCAAGCUCAAUGUGCGACAACCGAAGGCGAAGGGGAACGUUGGCGAGACCAUCGCAGUUUCCCGUCCCAGGCGCGAGACCAAUGUCAGAUUCCGUUACUCCCAAGACAUGGUUAUGAGGGAGAGCCCAGAGCCACCAAAGCGCAAGGCUUUGCCCAAACCGGAACCUGUGGAAGCUGCUUCGCCUGCAUCGUCGGGACUCUCUUCCCUAGUAUCUGCGCCACCAAGUGAGCGAGAGGAAUCGCCAUUCCAGGAUCCUAGUCCACCGCCCGAGGGAGACGAGUAUGGAGUCAACUUCUUGUCGUACUAUGUUGACGGAAAUGACGAGGAUGUAGGAAAGCAGGGCAAGGCUGAGAGGCCGAAGGCUAAACCGAAAUCACGUGCAAAUGCAAAGCAGAAGUCCAAGGCAGAGACAGAGACGGCGAAGGAGCCUGGCCCAACUGCUUCUGCUACUCCAGCACCUCCACCAUCGCAGACGGUGGUGAGGCCAGAUCAGCAACCCAUGCAAAAGCAGCAUCCGCCCCUUCCGCCGCCUGCUGGACCAAGACAAAGCGCACCUCCCCCUCUUCCGCAACAAAUGCCACCACAGCAGAUGCCUCAUCAGCAGCAUCAGAACCAAGGGCCACGGCCGCAACACAUCCCUCCACCAUAUCCAACAGGGCCGCCAUCGCACCGUCCUCCCCAGCAUUUGCCACCUCCACCCCCUCCCAUGCCCCAGCCGGUCAUACAGGUAUGUUGACCAAUCCCUCAUGACUUACAAUGCUAACCCUGCCAACAGUUUAUCGACAUCAAACAUGACCCGAAGCCCCAGAGACCAGACACCGUUGCGGAGAUGGUCCGCAAGCUCGACGACUUGUGCGCUGCUCUUACCAACUUUGGUGGAGUACCCGUCAUGCCGCCUACUCCCCCACCAGAGAAACCGGCGAAGAAAUCGCCGAAGGAGUCAAGGCCAUCUGCCAAUCCGCUCGACAACUUCCUCUCUCAUUUCCACGAGGAUGACGACUCGGACGAAGAGAGAGACCUCGACUAUCAGCUAAUUAAGCCUGGCGCACCGGAUGGCCCUCUUACGUACGGCAUUCAGUUCAUUCAGAAUGCUCUCAAAUCAUGGGCUCAGCAGCGACUCACGCAUCAAGUCACCCAGCAAUAUCAGGCCCAACAUCAACAACAGAUGCAUCAGCAACAGAUGCAACAAGCGCAGAGACGAGGACCGGGUCGCCCUCGUCGAUACGAUGAGCCAGAUCCUCACCCAGUCGGACCUCCUGCUGUCAUCCACACAGAUUUGGCCGCGACCCCAGAAGGCGUUGCGAUCAAAGCUUUCCAAUCUGUGCUGGAUUCUGGCUGUCUGCAAGUCAAUGCUGUGCUUCCAAUCGAGCUCUCAUGUGCACUUCGUCAUCUCUACAUGCAGAUUGAUCAUUUGAUCAACCAAGGGUCCAAGGCCGAGAACAACAACUGGCAGUGCAUGUCCUACUCCGCACAGAUAUCUGCAAAUAAGGCUCGAGUCGACAAAUGCAAGGCUGACCAAGCGAAAGCCCAGGAGCAAAUGGCCAAGCAACAGCAGAUCAUUGACCAGCACAGGAUGGCUCAGCUAGGUUUUGCGCCCCAACCAAGUCAGCCACUUGCCGCAGACCAGGCGCAACAGCAGCAUGCCAUCGAUUUGGAAAGAAAACGAAGCAUGCAGCAUGCGGUACAACAGCCGUACAUCUCGCAGCAACACCUCAACCCACUGCAGUUGGGUGCUCGCUCCAAUGGCACCCCAGUUGGCACUGGUGUUCCUCCUGCCUCUAAUGACGCCACGCCCAAACCUCACCCUGCAACAUCGCCCCAGAACGGUGCUCCACCAGGUGAAACCGAUACCCGUCAGAGCAAAUCAAGCGCGCUGCCCGAUCAGGACCCGAAAUCAAGAAAAGAUGCAAGCCAGGUGCAACUCGACAAGGUCAAGAUCUAUAUGCCUGGCUUCCUUCCCCGUUCCGGUCAGUCCAUGAAGUUUUCUUUCGCGCCCAAUAGCGAAAAUGCCGUACGAGUUUUCGGGACUGAAGCGUUUCCAGUGAAUGAGCAGGGCCCGAAAUUGCCUAACAGAGGGCCUAUGAGUGCCCCACUGACACAGCCAGGAGGCGACGCGCAGACCCCGAUCAACCUUGAUGGUGAUGUGCCCGGCGAAAAGGCAUUCGAGGCGAAGCCAAGACCUUCUACUGGUGGUUGGAACCCCGUGAACGCCCAGCACAACGCCCCGGUGCCGUCGAACGGGCAGUCACGCCCCAACUCGGUCCCUGCACGCCCGCAACCCGCCGCAUCUGAGCAUGCCAAAGGUCGGUAG